CCCGCUGCCCGCUGUUUGCUGCCGUCCGCCGCCCGCCUGGACGGCUCCUCCGGCCACCGCCACCGAGCCGCGCUGCACUGCCUGCGCUCAGGGCUCGGGAGGGGGCCGCGGAGGAGCCGCCCCCCGCACUCGGACCCCGCCCGCCGCGCCCCGGCCUGCUAGAUGGGGCUCGGGCCAACGCCCCCAACACUGCCGGGCUAGGGCAAUGCGGGCGCCCCAGGCGCAUGGCCCCCAUGGGCACCAUGCGCCCCCUGCUCCGCCGCCUGCUGCUCGCCGCGCUCCUGCAGCUGGCCCCAGCCCAGGCCCCGGUCUCCCAGCAUGAUGCCCCUGGCCAUCAGAAGAAAGUGGUGUCAUGGAUAGAUGUGUAUUCACGUGCCACCUGCCAGCCUCGGGAGGUGGUAGUGCCCUUGACUAUGGAGCUCAUGGGUACUAUGGCCAAACAACUGGUGCCCAGCUGUGUGACUGUGCAGCGCUGUGGUGGCUGCUGCCCUGACGACGGCCUGGAAUGUGUGCCCACUGGGCAGCACCAAGUCCGAAUGCAGAUCCUCAUGAUCCGGUACCCAAGCAGUCAGCUGGGGGAGAUGUCCCUGGAAGAACACAGCCAAUGUGAAUGCAGACCAAAAAAAAGAGAGAGUGCUAUGAAGCCAGACAGGGUUGCCACUCCCCAUCACCGCCCCCAGCCCCGCUCUGUUCUGGGCUGGGACCCUGCCCCUGGAGCACCCUCCCCAGCUGACAUCAUCCAUCCCACUCCAGCCCCAGGCCCCUCUGCCCACGUUGCAGCCAGCGCCGCCAGCGCCCUGACCCCCGGACCUGCCACUGCCGAUGCCGACGCCGCAGCUUCCUUCGUUGCCAAGGGCGGGGCUUAGAGCUCAACCCAGACACCUGCAGGUGCCAGAAGCUGCGAAGGUGACACAUUGCUUUUCAGACUGUGGGGUCACUUGCCUCAUACAUCACACCUAUAGGAGAAGAAAGGGGAAUCUGCUAACAGCCCAACCUAUAAGACCUUGGUCCUAGUGGAAGCUGCUCCACAACCUGGGCCUCUCAGAGGACUCUUCUGCUGUCCUUUGUCUCCUGCGGCUGCCUUCUGUUUGACAGAGUUGUUGAGAUGGUGACAGUGUGAAACGUUGAGUCCUAAGUGAGGGAGUGAUUUGUGCUACCCUGUGCAUGUGAGCAUUUUACACCUGGCUCCUGCUUUCCCUCCUCUAAGGAAGCCCCACAACUCUGAAAAUAACAGGAUUUUGGCUUUGGUAUAGAAACUAUGAUUCUCCCAACCUUGAUAAAAAAAGAUAAAAGGAGCUGUCCCUGCCUA